AUGGACACCAUUUCUUGUGAUUCGGGACUGCCCUGCUCUUCACGAUCUUCAGCUGAUGGGGAUUAUGAGCAGGUUGCCGAUGCUGAAGAUGAGAAGUCAAUGUGUGGACUCUCAGACCUUGUUUCCAGCUGUUUAUCGAAGAACCGAUCUUCUAUAGAGACCGAGCCAUUCCUCCGUAGUAGUUUAUUUACUGGCGUUCAACCCACGAUAAGAUUUUACACCAAAGGAACGAAAGUCAGUAAACCGAAUCGCAAGAUAUGCUCACGUGUGACAUGGUGUCAUAAUAGUCUUCUUCCUAUAGUUAUGAGACAAUCCCUAGCUUCAAGUCAUUUCUCGAUUGUGGAUGAACAUAGCUUUUAUGUUGGUUAUUGGGGAAGACAUCUCAAAAGCGCCCAAUACAAGACCAUGAUGCCAUAUCAAAAAAUAAAUCACUUCCCUGGGGCAUUUCAUAUAGGUAGAAAAGAUCGUUUAUGGACACAUAUCUCAAACCGACAACAGCAUUUUGGCUCCGAGUUCGAUAUAAUCCCUAGAACUUAUAUUUUACCCAAUGAGAAAGCAGCUUUAUGCGAACAUUUGAAGGGACAUCCUGAAAGAUAUGUAAUUAUUAAGCCGCCAGCAAGUGCACGUGGAACCGGCAUUUCUGUCACAAACAAAAUGAAGGACAUCUGCAUGAAGACUCCUAUUAUAGCUCAACAUUAUAUACAUCGUCCAUUGACUAUAAACGGAGCCAAGUUCGACUUGCGGUUUUAUGCUUAUUGUCCUUGUUUGGAGCCAUUGAGGGUUUACAUAUAUAAUGAAGGCUUAGUACGUUUUGCUAGUGUAGAAUAUUCGACAUGUUUAUCAACUGUCUCCAAUAAAUAUAUGCAUUUAACAAAUUACAGCAUUAACAAAUUAGCUGAGAAGGACGGAGUGCUCGACUCUCCUGUCCCAAAAUGGACUUUAUCCGAGUUAUGGGAAUAUUUUGAAGAGAAGGGAAUCAAUUCUGUAGAUGUUCGUCAGAGAAUUGAUGAUGUUAUUAUUAAAGCUUUCAUAUCAUGUGAAAAAGCAAUACGAGAUCAUAUGGCCAAGUAUCUUCGUUACGGGUUUAUUUGUCAUGAAUUAUUUGGUGUGGAUAUUUUGCUUGACGAAAGUUUAAGACCUUGGCUGUUGGAAGUGAACAUAUCUCCUUCUCUCCAUUCAGGGACAACUUUAGAUGCAGCUGUGAAGGGACCUCUGGCCAAAGAUGUUCUUAAUAUGGCUGGCAUCGAAGUUCCUCCUAGCCAAGAAGAAAUGUUAGAUGCAGAUUAUACUACAAGACCAGGGAACUUGCCCAAAGACGAUGAUCACUUGGUGAAAGAAGCAGCUUGGGUUGCUUCCUAUAAAGACGAGAAGAAGGUUGAUCCUAGAGUAUUAAAACGGCUGUCUUCAGAAGACGUGAGAAUGCUUGUGUCAUUUGAAGAUGAGUUUAGAAGAAAAGGCAAUUUCGAAUUAGUUUUUCCUACAUCCCAAACCGCCUAUAUGCAAGAAUACUUCCCUGAGCCCGUAUAUGCCAAUCUGCUAUUACAACAAUGGCAGAUCGAGCAUGAAGCUGAUAGAAGUGAGGGAAUAGCCCGUCUGGAGAUGCUCUGUCGCCAAGGCCACUUGGGAAAUAGAAAUCAAUUACUUGAUUUGAAGAGAAAUGGUUUGUAG